AUGAUUCCGCUUGAAGAGGAGGCUCUAGCGGCAUGGAUGAUGGGGGCUAUCAUGCUCCAGUCUUCGCCUGGAUUUUUGGUGUGCACGCACCCGAGGGCUACGCGAGUUGUAAUGCUUGAUUUUUUCGAAGAGUACCUGGAAGGGAAGGUCAUUGCGAUUGUCCCUCCGUACGUGCGCAUGCCUCAGUACAUCGCCGAGAAAACGUUGCUACUCCAGCUCUUGGAACGCAGUGAGGGGCAGACGGAGUCCGAUGUCAUGUGUCGGGAAUUGGUCAAGGGCGCCAAGCGGACCAGUUACGAUGCCGAAACGAGGCGACUGACUUUCAUUAUGCCGGAUCAAGCGGCAGCAGCAAGCUGGCAUGCAAAGAUGAUUUUGUUUCGCGGAAAGCGUCUUAAGCUGGUGUGCCCGGCCACUAUGGAGCGCGAAGACAUUACUGCUCCUUCGCUAUUAGCCACGUCAAGCGGUAGACACCAAUUGCAAUACCAAGUCCGGAUUUUGGUCAAUGGAGUGGCGGCAAGCACGGUUCAAGCUAUAUUGGCGUCUAGUGUGGCUUGUACGGUCACAUCCGUGUCUCGUGGGUGCCCACUCGGCUCGGAGGCAUAUGAUUCCAACUUUUUCGUGGCAACUUUUGACAUGGUGUCAUGUCCCGAACAACUCAAGCUGGUCACGCACAUAGCAACAUCCGAAACGGAGAUCUUUCUCCACCAUUUUCGUCACUUUCAACGCGUUCCCUGUUUUUCCUGCUAUUCGCCAUAUCACUCGAGUGCUAAGUGUGGUGGACGCAAAGGCGCUUUUCAAAUUCAGCAUCACCGAGAAUUUACUGGUAUUCCAAUAGCUCCUCCUCACGUAAGUGGGUUGACUUUUAACCACUUGGACGUUGCCGGUCGCCUGCAGCAUGUCUCUGGACUGGCGGAUACUUUGGUGGCAACCACGGCGAAAUUAAAGGCUGAUGGCAACAAGGCCCCACUGUUAAGUGAGGUCUCGCAGGUACCUCCUUGUGCUGGGCAGUCGUCAGUUCCGAACACGUCUCCGCUUGCCGGUGGACAGGCCGUUCGGGGCGGGGCUACUCGCGUCAGUGGUCCAAUGACGAACGAGUGGUUCGAUCCUGGAGCGAACAAAAAAAGAGGGAUGUGCGCCCCGCAGAUGUUCCGGCUAGUCGGGCAACAGGACCUGCUGUGA